GCUGCCUGCGCAGCCGCCGGGGCGAUGGAGCCGCCGCGGAGCCUCCCGGGGCUGGAGCGGGAGCGGGGGGCGCUGGACGCGGCCGGAGGGUGCCCGUCCCCCCUGGACACCAAGGCCGUGCCCGGCAGGAAGAUUUGGGUCAAGCUGCGGGCGUUGCUGCGGUACCUGGUGAAGCAGCUGGACUCGGGCGAGCUGAACGUGGAGGAGCUCAAGAGGAAUUUGGAAUACGCGGCCUCGCUGCUCGAGGCCGUUUACAUCGACGAGACCAGGCAGGUGCUGGACACGGAGGACGAGCUGCGGGAGAUGGGCUCGGACGCGGCGGUGCCGUCCGAGGUGCGGGACUGGCUGGCGGCCACGUUCACGCAGCAGGCGCGGGCCAAGGGGCGCCGGGCAGAGGAGAAACCCAAGUUCCGCAGCAUCGUCCACGCCGUGCAGGCGGGAAUCUUCGUGGAGAGGAUGUUCCGCAGGACCUACACGGCCGUGGCACCGACCUAUUCCACCUCCGUCCUCAACUGCCUGAAGGGCCUCGAUCUCUGGUGCUUCGACGUGUUCGCCCUGAACCGGGCGGCCGAGGAUCACUCCCUGCGCACGGUCGUGUUCGAGCUCUUCACCCGCCACAACCUCAGCAGCCGCUUCAAGAUCCCCCCGAGCGCGUUCCUGACGUCGGUGCUGGACGCCCUGGAAAGCGGCUACGGAAAGUUCCGGAACCCCUACCACAACCAGGUGCACGCGGCCGACGUCACCCAGACCGUGCACUGCGUCCUGCUGCGCACGGGAAUGCUGCACUGCCUGUCGGAGAUCGAGCUCCUGGCCAUCGUCUUCGCCGCCGCCAUCCACGACUACGAGCACACGGGCACCACCAACAGCUUCCACAUCCAGACCAAGUCGGACACUGCCAUCCUGUACAACGACCGCUCGGUGCUGGAGAACCACCACAUCAGCGCCGUGUUCCGCAUGAUGCAGGACGACGACAUGAACAUCUUCGUCAACCUCACCAAGGAUGAGUUCUCGGAGCUGCGGGCGCUGGUGAUCGAGAUGGUCCUGGCCACCGACAUGUCCUGCCACUUCCAGCAGGUCAAGUCCAUGAAGACGUCGCUGCAGCAGCUGGAGAGGCUGGACAAGUCCAAGGUGCUGUCGCUGCUCCUGCACGCGGCCGACAUCAGCCACCCCACCAAGCAGUGGGCCGUGCACAGCCGCUGGACCAAGGCCCUCAUGGAGGAGUUCUUCCGCCAGGGGGACAAGGAGGCCGAGCUGGGACUGCCCUUCUCGCCCCUCUGCGACCGCACGUCCACGCUGGUGGCCCAGUCCCAAAUUGGCUUCAUCGACUUCAUCGUGGAGCCCACCUUCUCAGUGCUGAGCGACGUGGCCGAGAAGAUGCUGACGCCGCUGGCCGAGGACGGCGCCAAGGCCAACAAAGGCAACCCCUCAGCCCCCCAGGAGGCCAGCCCGCAGUGGCGGCAGCAGUCCCUGGACGAGCAGCUGGAGCUCGGGGACGUCAAGGCCGACCUGGCCUCGUUCCGCUCCACCUGGACCAAGCACAUCCAGGAGAACAAGCAGAAGUGGAAGGAGAGGGCGGCCAGCGGCAUCACCAACCAGGCAUCCAUCGAGGAGCUGUCGCCGUGUGAGGACCCCCCGGCCCCCCCCCACAGGGAGAACGGGGACGUGGAAUAGCGAGGUCCUGGUCCGGCUGAGUGACACCGUCUCGUCCCGAGUUCCAUCGAGUUCAGCACCAUCUGCAGGGCAGGAGCCCCCCCGGGGGGGUGGGCAGGGAUUGGUGCCACCCCCUGUGCCAGGGAUCGGUGCCACCCCCUGUGCCAGGGAUUGGUGUCACCCCCUGUGCCAGGAGCCCCCCGGGGAUGGAGGGGUGGGCAGGGAUCGGUGCCAACCACACCAGUGCCAACCACGCCUGUCCCCCCCCACCCCGGGGCAGGAUCGGUGCCAACCACUCCAGAAACCCCCCCUAGUGUCACCCCCGAGCCACCAAGUGCCCCCCACCCACCCCCCGGUCCUGUCACUGCCACUCCGGGGCUGCCCCGACCCCUCCCCCUGGCCCAGGAUUGGUUCUUUUUGGGGGGUUUUAAAAACGUUUCUCCCCCCCCGGGCACUGGGGAGGGGCUGGCACAGCGAGGGU